AUUUUAACGCGUACGGGUCGGGUCAAUAAAUUGGUUAAAGUCUCUCUCUUUCUUCUUCUCUACCUCUUCUUCUACAUUCUUCCUUUAGAUCAAAGAGAGAGAGAGAGAUCGUCUUGUCCAGAUUGAUCUUGCGUUAAUUUCUAAACACAAUAUGGCGGCAGAAGAUAGCCGUGAAGCUCAACGAGGCGACGAACAUGAGGAAUCGAGUCCUCUCUUGCAGGGGAAAGAGAACGACGGCAAGAUCUGCUCGAAAGGAGAUGCCAAGGCGGCGUCGCUUGUGCCUCCUCCUGCGGCGGAGGAAUACGGUUGGACGGCGGAUGGAUUGCCUGUGAGCCAGGGGAGCGUGAUUGGCGAGCCGAUCAGGAGAAACCAGUGGAAUUCGGGUCUCUUUACCUGUUUAGGCCGCAAUGAUGAAUUUUGCAGCAGCGAUCUCGAAGUUUGUCUUCUUGGAAGUGUGGCUCCAUGUGUGUUAUAUGGAACUAAUGCAGAGAGACUUGGGUCUGCUCCGGGAACAUUUUCAAACCAUUGCUUGACGUAUUUGGGAUUGUACUUUGUUGGUAAUUCUUUGUUUGGCUGGAACUGCCUUGCUCCAUGGUUCUCUUAUUCUAGCCGUUCUGCUAUUCGCCGAAAGUUUAACCUUGAGGGAAGCUUUGAGGCUAUGAACAGAUCGUGUGGUUGCUGCGGUAGCUGCAUAGAGGACGAGAUGCAAAGGGAACACUUGGAGACAACUUGUGACUUUGUGACACAUGUCCUUUGCCAUACAUGUGCCCUUUGCCAAGAAGGACGUGAGCUCCGCAGGAAGGUUCUUCACCCGGGUUUCAAUGCUCAGUCCACCGUGGUCGUGAUGCCACCUAGAGAGCAAACCAUGGGUCGUAAAUGAAGCUUGCUUUGAGUCGAGUGGUCUAAGUAGCACUUGUGUUAUUGUAUACACGUUGGUGAAACAAGUGUCGUGUGUGGAACUUGAACCUUUAUAUUGUCUUUUGCUUAACUUUUUUUUGGAAUAAAACCUUCUAUGGAUGUAAUUUGUCUUGUGUGUUACUUAUUUCUCGAAAACAAACAUGUAUAUCUUUGUUGUUA